AUGCGGCCAUGCGACCGACUCCCCGAGGAAGCCGAUCCGAAUACAAGAUGUGAUCUGGCUACGAAAGCCUUGGGCAAGAGCAACGGAAAGCUCUUGGCCGAUAAAAGGCCUGAAUGGAACGACGAGCUACCAAGGUGGCUCUGGGACCAAGGCGUCGGCCUAUGCACUGCGUUCGCGAUCGCAGCAAACCAGUCGUCGAAGAUCGAGGCGACAUACAAUGAAUACAAGGGCAAACAUAGAAAUGCCACCAAGACCGACAUCGCGAACAACUCUGCGCCCAUGUUCUCCGGACUGCACCGAGCCUGGAGGCUACAAGAGCCCGCGACCCCCGGAUUUGUCCCCAUUUGCUAUAUUGUCUUUGGCGGGGGUAGUCUGCAACAGAAGGAGACUUACCACAAUGUCGUCUCCCAACACUUGAAGACACUCCAAUCAUCUGAAGGAGAGAUGAGAGACCGCGUUGUCUCUCAGGUUCUGGAGAUAUUCGCGCAGGCGCUGCAACUUUGGGAAAACCCGAUGUUGUCAAUUCGUGUAGAACUUCUCGACGAUGGCAAGGUGCUUCGCGCGUGGCCGAGUUCUAGAUAUGAGAUAGACUACGUAACACUGUAA